AUGACCGAAGAUAUCUUGAAUAGAAUGCGUCGUAUUUCUGCAAAUCAGGAAUUACUCAUUACACUGGAAAUGUAUAACGAGGUAUUGAUUAUUAUUGAAGAUAUAUGCUUAGCAGUUGCAAAUAAAUUAUUGUCACAAUUAGGUUUACCACCUCCUAAUCGAGCAAUGCAUGACGUAUUUAAUCAAGAUAUACAACGUGAACAACAAUACGAUAUAAAUGAUCUUAACACAUUUAUAAAUUUGAAUCUGCCGAAAUUGAAUAUAGAACAAAAACAUGCAUAUGACACUAUAAUGCAAGCUAUACAAAACAAAAGUGGAGGAAUGUUUUUUUUAGAUGCGCCAGGUGGCACCGGUAAAACGUUUUUGAUUUCGUUGUUAUUAGCGACUGUAAGAUCACAAAACAAUAUAGCAUUAGCGCUUGCAUCGUCUGGAAUAGCUGCUACAUUAUUAGAUGGUGGCCGUACAGCGCAUUCCGCACUUAAAUUACCAUUGAAUAUGCAAAUUAAUGAAAAUCCAACAUGUAACAUUUCAAAAAAUUCUGGAAUGGGAAGAGUUUUGCAACAAUGCAAAUUAAUUGUGUGGGAUGAAUGUACAAUGGCACAUAAAAAAAUCAGUGGAAGCAUUGGAUAG